GGGUUAGCAACAACCCCAGAGCGACGUGAAAGACUUGAAGAAUAUGUAGUUACAGUCAACAACAUAACUACGCACGCAUAUUUACUCUCCAAGUACAUUUAUUUACGUGCCAUUCUAGAAGACGAGAACUUUGGUAUCAGACAAUUUAUCAAUCGCCGAGUUGUGGCUCAA